UUUUCGCCUUUGCUUCCGUGCCUGGAAUGCCCACUUUUCCCUCGCCGUUUGCUUCUAGAAGGCAUUUCUGCUGGUUGGCCGUUACGCUGUUGCUGAAUUCCUUUUUUAUACCCCGAAUCUCUCUCUCUCUCCUUUUCUCCUCGCUCUUCUCCUUUCUAAUGGUUGGUUCGAUUUCUACAACAGGGUUCCAGCUCUGUUCUACAGGAUUGGAAACUGACUACGGGGAAGAUAAAGGAGGAAACCUAUCCUCCUUCAAGGGCAGGACAUUAUUCAGCUGUGAUGGAUCCUUUUGUUCUGUAACUCGAUUGUUUUUGGAGGAAUGGAUUCAAUGAAAGGAGAGGGUUGUAGAAGUGUUGGAGAUGUUGGUGGUGAGGUUAAGGAAAGAUCAAAUUCUCAAUUGACAGGACAUGGGAGCCAGAGCAAUAGGGAUAUGUUCUUUAGGGCUGAUCAGAUUGAUCUUAAAAACUUGGAUAUUCAGUUGGAGAAAAAGCUUUCGAAGAUUUGGUUGAAUGAUGUGCUUGGAUCCAGAAGACCCAAGGAGGAAUGGGAGAUUGAUCUUUCAAAGCUAGAAAUAAGGUACGUUGUAGCACAUGGGACAUAUGGUACGGUGUAUCGAGGCAUUUAUGAUGGCCAAGAUGUUGCAGUGAAGUUAUUGGACUGGGGAGUAGAUGGAGAUCCAACUGAUACUGUAACUGCUGCUCUUCGUUCAUCUUUCCGGCAAGAAGUUGCUGUGUGGCAUAAACUUGACAACUUAAAUGUGACAAAGUUUAUUGGAGCAUCAAUGGGAAUCACAGACCUGAAAAUCCCAAGCUGUAACUCGCUUCCGGCACGAGCAUGCUGUGUUGUCGUGGAAUACGUUCCUGGAGGCACAUUGAAACAAUAUCUCAUCAAACACAGUCGAAGAAAACUUCCUUUCAAGGUUGUGAUUGAGCUCGCUUUGGAUCUUGCUAAUGGCCUGAGUUAUCUUCACUCAAAAAAGAUCGUUCAUCGAGAUGUCAAAACUGAGAACAUGUUGCUGACUGCAAAUAGAGCUGUUAAGAUUGCCGACUUCGGUGUUGCUCGUGUCGAAGCUCAGAAUCCCAAAGACAUGACUGGUGAAACUGGGACUCUUCAAUACAUGGCUCCAGAGGUUCUUGAAGGAAAGCCUUACAAUAGAAAGUGCGAUGUCUACAGCUUUGGCAUUUGCUUGUGGGAGAUAUACGCUUGUGAUAUGCCAUACUAUAAGCUUACUUUCACAGAAGUCUCUUAUGCUGUCGUUCACCAGAACUUGCGACCGAAAAUACCAUGGUGUUGCCCAAACUCAUUGGGAAAUAUUAUGAAGAAAUGUUGGGAGACAAACCCGGACAAAAGACCGGAGAUGGAUGAGAUUGUCAAGCUUUUGGAGGCAAUCGAUACAAGUAAAGGAGGCGGCAUGAUACCCGAAGACCAACUACAAGGUUGUUUUUGCUUUUCGACUCGUGGUCCUUGAUUCUAUUUAAUAUCAGGACUUCCAUAUUUUACUUUUAUAACAUUGGUUUCAUAAACCUAUGCAUGAGUUUUAUAA